GCAUAGCAGAGGAAAAGCUAGAACUAGUUUGACCCACGACUAAUGGAGUUAACGGUCACAGCCAUCCGCGUGUUUGUCCGACGCAGUGGCCGAGACCCAUGCCAAGUGCGAAAUUAACAUGCAUGUGGAGGCUCAUGUUAGUCAAAUGAUGGGCAAUGAAUAUGCACGGAACGAUAGGACAAAAGCCAUAUGACUGUCGGACCCAAGGGACCAGUGCUGAGUCCGCUCUGGUCGGUAGCACAGACCCACGGAACACGGAACACGGAACAUAGAACAUAGAACACGGAGCACUGAGCACGGAACAUGGAAGCCUUCUACGAGGAUAGCGAAAUAUUCGUGACGGGCGGUUCGGGCGUGGUGGGCAAGGCUCUGAUCGAGAAGCUAUUGCGAUCCUGCAACGUCCGCCGCAUCUACGUCCUGCUGCGACCGCGGCGCCAGCUAACGGCGGAGCAGAGGCUGAUUCGGCUGAGGCAGGCCACCAUCUUCCAUGUGCUGGCCGUGGAAAAGCCUGAGGCACUGGAUAAACUGGUGGCCGUACAGGGGGAUGUCUCUCUGCCUGGUCUGGGCAUUGAUCCCGAGAUGAUCCAGCGCAUGAGGAAUGUCUCCCUGGUCUACCAUUGUGCGGCCACCGUGCGGUUCGAUGAGCCACUACGCGUGGCCCUGCGGCUGAACGUCGGUGGCACUCUGGAGGCCAUCAAGUUCGCCGAGGGCCUGACCGGUCUGAGGGCCUUUGUGCACGUGUCCACGUUCUAUAGCAAUCCCUACCUGAAGCGCGUGGAGCCCAAGUACUACUCCUCGCCCAUGGACUGGCGGCUGUGUCUGCGGCUGCUGGACGAGGUGCCGGACGAGGAAAUGCUUAAUGCCUUGACGCGCAAGUUGAUUGUGGGCUUCCCCAACACCUACACUUUUACCAAGAACCUGGCCGAGUCCCUGGUGAAUGACUAUCGUCAUCGCCUGCCAAUGAUUGUGUAUCGUCCCUCAAUAAUUCUGUUCGCUGUGGAGGAACCCUCGCCCAGUUUCUCGCCCUCACUGACGGGCGCCAUGGGUCUGUUUGCAUUGGUGGGCGCCGGCAUCUUGAAGACCGUGUAUCUGAGCAAAGAAGUCCACCUGGAUAUAACGCCCCAGGACGUGAGCAUCAAGAGCAUACUGUGCUAUACGAAGCAUGCCUACGAGAUCUACCAGCAGGGUCCGCCCGCUGAGCUGCCGGUGUACCUAUCCUCCUCCUGCCACCAUGUGCCGCACACGUUCAUUCAGAUGGCCAAGCAAAUGGAUGACCUGAAUCUGUGGCAGGAUGCGCCCUUUCAGAAGAACCUAAUGAUACCAGGCUGCCACUACACCGAUAAGCGAUGGGUCUACCAGUUCCUGGUCUUCACCAAGCAGAUCUUGCCCGCUCUCAUCAUUGACCUGCUACUGAGGAUCUUUGGCCAGAAGCCGCAAAUAAUGGGUGUGGUCAGGAAGGGCUAUCAGACGCUGGAGGUGAUGACGCCCUUUAUGUUUAACAAUUACGAUAGCCCCGGUAUGUCGCUCAAGGACACGUUGACCGCGGAGAACAAGGGCACCGCUUUCAAUUUUGAUGCCUUCAACGAAACGGAUAUCCAUGCCCAAGUCAUCAGCACUAGCAGGACCAUGUUGCACAGCAUUCGAACCCAUCUGCUUCACGAGGACCCAAAAACCUUGAAACGCUCAAAGAUUAUCCUAAAGACCAAGGUGAUUCUCUAUCAGGCCUUCCGACUCUUCCUGCUUUACAAGCUCAUCCGCUGGCUCUGGGGCAGAUACAUGGGACAAUUCGUCUAGGUCUUAAACCACUUUCCUACCUCCCAUUACUUUUUUUGUGCAAAUCCUAGGCUAGGAUCAGUAAUAAAGCUCUUUCCAGAUCCGAGAUUAUGAAUACAAG